GAAUAGUGAGGGUGUAUGCAGAGGGUGUGUGCCUAGAGCACGGCAGACGUGGCAGCUCCGGGUAGGGGCUGAGCUAGGCAGUGAGCUCUCUUCCUUUGCCCAGCUGGUAUCCAGUCCCAAGGGAACUCUGCUCCAGCCCCGGACAAUGCACCAGGAUGGCCACUAUCCUCAGCCUUCUCCACCUGUGAAUGGGUCAUUGGAACAGGAGCCUCAAAGGCGGCUCCCCGAGAUGUUAGGUGAGGUCUGGGAAGCACCGCGAGGGGACGGGCUGCCCUUUGUCGCUGCAAUCAUCGCUGCCUUCGUCCUCUUAGCGAUCUGCAUUGUGUUGGCAGUUCACUUUGGGCCCACAUUGCACCAGGGCCAUGCCACUCUCCUCACAGAGCCACCAGCUCUAAAGCCAGAGAAUGGCAUUUACCUCAUCCACUGGCGGCUGCUGGACCUACAGGACAAUCACAGAGAAACCCAGCCGGGACUUCCUAUCCCUCACUCUGGCUCUGCCCUAGAUGGACACAGGCCGAGCGUUGAUGAAGUCACAUAUCUGUAGGAGGGUCAUUUGGCCUGACUCGUCUCAGAACAAGAAACUGGACUGAAAAGUGAAUUGGAACCUGGGUGUUGGAGCUACAGAUAGUCCUCUGGACUCGGCUAGAGCAACCCUCAGAUAUUUAACGAGAAAGCUCCAUGGUGACAAGAGAAAUAAAAGCCACCUGAGGACCUUGCCCACAGACAUGGUGCCAAGAUCACCCUUACAAGGUUCCCCUCAGGGAUCUCCAGAUCCUCCUCGGAGUUCCUGUUUCCUCCCUAUACUUCUGAUCUCCAUCCCUUUUGGAAUAGAGAAGGUUCCAUCCCUGCGCAGGGAUAUCAGGUCUACAGAGAAGGCCUUGCCUCUACACACUGCUGAUCCAAGGAGAACUGUGCCGUGUCUUCUCUGAGACACUGGGUGCUGAGAAAGGAGGCUUGUGGAUGACACCCAAAGCCCCUGAAAUUCUUAAUCUCCACUUAGAGUUCCAAGAUUGGCCUUGGUUUGUCCCCCAAAUCUGCCUUGCCAUCCUAGGAUGUGAUGGGGGAUUUUAGGGGCUCUUAUUACCUCUUACUUUUUGAAUGAGUGUGGGCCUGUUGGAAUAAGCCUAAAAUGUAUGACAAAUGACUUCCGGAUCCAGAAAAUUCCAGCUAGUGGGAAACCAGGAAAAGAAGAGGAACUCUGUGGAACUUGUUUGGGUCCAUCCCUGCAGGGAAGUAGUCAGGAAAAUAUAGACUGGGGCCCGGAAAACCAAGUCGGGCCUCCUGGUGGCUCUCUGGAAAGGUGCCCCUUUCUCUGGUACCUCCACACCUCACUCAUAUGCAAUCAGAAACAUGCAGACAUAAACCAUAUAAACUGGG